CUCAGUCAGUCAGUCAGGCGUCGGGAACAGAGCAGCAGUGUGCUUCAUCCCACCGUACUCUCACCUCCUCACUCAUCUCCAGGAGAGCAGCAGCAGACAUGGUGCUCCACCACAAAGAGUUCACCAAUGCAGGCAAGACAGCAGGCCUGCAGAUCUGGAGGAUCGAGAAUCUGGAGCUGGUCCCUGUGCCACAGAGUUUACAUGGGAACUUUUACACUGGAGAUGCUUAUGUGACUCUCUACACUGUCAAACAGAGGGACAGCUUCUUCUACCACCUGCACUUCUGGCUGGGAAAGGAGUGCACUCAGGAUGAGAGUGCCUCUGCUGCCAUCUUUACCGUGCAACUGGAUGACUACCUGGGUGGAAAGCCGGUCCAGUACAGAGAACUGCAGGGGGCUGAGUCAACAGCCUUCACCAGCUACUUCAAGGGAGGGAUCACUUACAAAACAGGAGGUGUGGCCUCGGGUUUCCACCAUGUGGUCACCAAUGACCUCUCAGCACAGAGACUGCUCCACAUCAAGGGCCGGCGGGUUGUCAGGGCUACCCAGGUCCCUCUCAGCUGGUCCAGCUUCAACAGUGGGGACUGUUUCAUUGUCGACCUUGGAGAUAAGAUCUAUCAGUGGUGUGGAUCCAAGUGUAACAAGUUUGAGCGACUGAAGGCUGCACAAGUGGCCAGAGGUAUCCGUGACAACGAGAGAAAUGCACGAGCGGAACUGGUGGUUGUAGAAGAGGGAAGUGAACCGCCCAGUUUAACUGAUGUCCUUGGAGUCAAGCCAAAGUUAUCAGAGGGACACGAUGACGAGGAUACAGAGGCCGACGUGUCCAACAGGAAAAUGGCUAAACUGUACAUGGUAUCUGAUGCGUCAGGAUCCAUGAAAGUGACCGUUGUGAAGGAGGAAAACCCAUUCCUCCAGAGUGACCUGCUCUCUGAUGAAUGCUUCAUCCUGGAUCACGGCAAAAACAAGAUGAUAUUUGUGUGGAAAGGACAUAACGCCAACCCCAGUGAAAGAAAGGAGGCCAUGAAAACUGCUGAGGGAUUCAUCAAACAGAUGGGUUACCCAGCAAACACGCAGAUCCAGGUGUUGCCAGAGGGAGGAGAGACUCCCAUGUUCAAGCAGUUCUUCCCGGGCUGGAAGGACAAGGACCAGAGUGUGGGUUUGGGGAAAGUGUUUGUCACUGAGAGGAUUGCGAGGAUCCAGCAGGUGAAGUUUGACGCCUCCAAGCUCCAUGAGUCCCACCACAUGGCAGCCCAGUACAACAUGGUGGAUGAUGGUAGCGGAGACACACAGAUCUGGAGGGUGGAGAGCAGUGGCCGUGUUCCUGUCCACCCAAAGAGCUAUGGUCAGUUCUACGGCGGGGACUGUUACAUCAUCCUCUACACUUAUGGGAAGAGACAGAUCAUCUACACCUGGCAAGGAGCCAGCUGCUCUUUGGAUGAGCUGACAGCUUCGGCCUUCCUGACUGUAGAACUGGAUCGUUCACUGGGAGGGAAUGCAGUUCAGGUCAGAGUGUGCCAGGGUAAAGAACCCCUCCAUCUUCUGAGUCUCUUCAAGUCCAAACCCCUCAUUGUAUUUAAGAGUGGUACAUCCCGCCUCGGAGGUCAGGCCCCUCCACCUCCAACCCGACUCUUCCAGGUUCGAAGGAACCUGGGCACCAUCACCAGAAUAGCUGAGGUUGACGUCAGUGCAGCCAGUCUGAACUCUAACGAUGCCUUCCUGCUGAAGAUGGCUGAUGGACGGGGCUAUCUAUGGAUGGGUAAAGGGGCCAGUGAAGAGGAGGAAACUGGAGCUAAGUACAUGAGCAAAGAGCUGAUCUGCAGCAGCAAACGCAUCAUGGAAGGAAAUGAACCAGCUGACUUCUGGGCAACAUUAGGAGGGAAGACAGAGUACCAGACUUCAGAAAGACUGGAGAGUCAGACCAUGACUCACCCGCUCCGCCUGUUCGGAUGCUCCAACAAGACUGGCAGAUUCACAAUUGAGGAGGUUCCUGGAGAAUUCACACAGGACGACCUGGCUGAAGAUGAUGUGAUGCUGCUGGAUGUGUGGGAUCAGGUGUUUGUCUGGAUUGGAAAAGAUGCCAACGAGGUGGAGAAGACUGAAUCUGUCAGAUCUGCCAAACAGUACAUAGAGACUGACCCGAGCAGCCGGGACAAGCAGACUCCUGUGGUGGUGGUGAAACAGGGCCACGAACCCCCCACUUUCACAGGCUGGUUCCUCGCCUGGGACCCCUCCCACUGGGACCCUGUCGCCAGGAGCAUGAAGUCCAUGCGUCUUUAGAUUAUAUACAUAUAUUAAUGCAGGACAAAGUGAAUAUUCUCUUUAUAUGUGUGAUCAAGGAAAUAAAUUCUGUAUGCUU